UGGAUUUUGACCUGAACAGAAAUCUUCAUUGUUAUUAUUGUCAUUUGUGUAAUUAUAUACUUAAAUAAUAAAAUCGGCAGAUAUUGUUAGAGCCGAACUUUCUAGGAAAGUUCAGGUAGUCCAGUUUCAGCAUAUAAUUUAAAAAAAACGCUAAUGAAAUCAAAUAAAUUGAAUUUGUGUGUGUGAUAUUCGAUUUAAAACACAAUAAUGUCCGAUAUAAAAAGUGUUUUAUCUCUAUUAUGUCAGCAUUUAAAUUUGUCAAUUAAUGUUAUGAUGAAACCUGAGUAUUUUAGACAAGCAAAAUUCAAUGGCAUGGAUGAAAAUAUCGAUAAAAUAUUUUGGAAAAUAUUAAAUGUUUUAAGUUAUUAUGCUGUGAAAGAGAAACAAAUUGAAACUAAUUUUGAACAAUAUGAUACAAUAUGGGCUACUAAAUUAUAUUUUGCAUAUUUACAAUAUCCAGCAAUAGAGUUUUACACUCUAACUGAACAAAAUAAAAAUAGCAGAGCAUUAUUAUUAGCAUUUGCAUGGCUCCUUGGAACACAAAAUAUUUUGAAUAUUAUCAUUCAGAUAAAUCUUUCUAAUAGCAUAUUAGCAAGAGAAUUUUCAUACUCAAAUAACUUAGAAAAAAAAGAAACAGAAUGUUAUAUACCAGAAUCGAUCAUUGCACAAAUUAACAAUGUAUUAUAUUUAAAUGGUAGAGUAAAUUAUAAUAUAAAAGAGAUAUCUGAAUUGAUUUCUGAGAGGACUAAAUUAGUAAGUAAAAUUCAUGCUGCAAGCAACAAAAUUUGUGGACUGCCACAUCUAAGUGUAUCGGAAGCAGCACUAAUAAAACGUAUUUCAACAAUUAAUAAAGAUGUUCUAUCUAAUGAAGAUAAAAAACAUAUAAAAGAAUUAUCCACUAUUGCUAAUUUAUUAAAUAUACAUAUGAAAUGGAUGAAGAAAGAACAUAUAUUUUUUGAAUGGAUGAUAACAGUAAUACAAGAACACAAUAAAUUACAAAAUGUCAAUUUAGAAGAUAUGGAUUGGAAUGAAGUUUCGAAGUUCAUUUCCUUAUUAUGUUGUAUAAUUCAAGAAAAAUUAGAAACAUUAUCAUCUAAAGAGAAAUCUAUGAAUUCUCUAGACUGUGAACGUAAAUGCAUUUCGCGUUUAUUAAAAGUUCAAGAUAAUAAUACAGAAAUAGAAAGAUGGUUAAUGGAAAUUUCUACCGAAUUGAAUGAAAAGACAGAAAAUAUAACUAAAAAAAAAGAGAAACUUUUUAAGAAACUGGAAAAAAUUUUACAAUCAAUCCCCUAUUGUGUGCAAGUUUAAUAGUAAAAUAAAAGUCCAUACCUUCUUUUAUGACUAUUUAUGACUAUAAGUAUAUUAUUUAAAAUAUAAAAUGUCAUAAUUCCUCAUUUCAUAACAACAUUAUUUUAGUAAUAAUUUUAAGUUUGUAUAGGUACUGUCGACACUUGAUCAACAACACCAAAUGACGAGAUGAAAACAUUGAAAAUUGUCACUAAGAAUAUACCAAUCACUGUCCAAUUAUUAGUCCGGUCAGCUUUACACAUUUGAGCAUCAUCUUUAAUAUUAUACCUGCUAUUCCAUAUCAAUCCUAUUCCUACUGCAAUUUGUAACAAUAAACUGGAACCUAUUAAUACCAAUGAAGGAUAAUAAUAUUGAUGACCCCCAUCGAUAUUCACGUCAGGUAUCGGUUGAAGAGGUGAUCGCGAAAAAAAUGGAGUUCUUGGAUUUUCUGAUAUUCCCGGUUCACUUGAUAAAAGACCACUAUCUGUACCUCGAUAAUCAAAUAUAGGAGGAUUAGUAGCUAA